UCAUAAUAGACACAUUGAGUGUAUAGGAAGGUUUCAAUUAUGUCCUUUGAAGUUUCCAAGCCGCCAUCUUUGUACUUAAUGACCAAAAACUGUAGAAUAACAAAGCAACCAGUUUGUCUUAUUAUAAUGGGGAUAAGGCUGGGAAUCACUCUGAUUAUUUGAUACCACGUGAAACCCUCCUAUAUUUGUUGAAAAAACAUUGGCAUUUUGUCAUCAAACAUUUCAGCACCAUGGAAGGUAAAAAUAUGUGAAUUGUAUCGCUAUCAUCAUGUCUUCUCUGUAUAUAUGUUAUUUGUGGUUGAUUGUUGCAGUAUUAUUUUACGUCCCUAGGUGCCACUGUGUAUUAGUUAGAGGAUGGUGGUAUCACUUUCGUGAGUCCCCCUUUUACCUCACAGAUUGAAACACUGUAGGCCUACCACGUAUCAGUCAUUACACUGACAAAGGGACUGUUUUUGAAUAACUCUUAACCAUUUCUCGUUGUGUGAUUGGCUAUUUUUGAUCUCAUAACUUCAGCUUUCACGUGGAUUUUAAAAGAAUGAAUCUUCAUGGUCGUGGAUUACAAGGGGUGUCCUUUCCGCUGUUCCUUUUCCUUUAUAUUGCUGAUGCAUCGCUCGGGCAGGUCCAUUACUCAAUUCCCGAGGAAAUGUCGACGGGUUCCGUCGUGGGGAGCAUCGCUGUGGACCUCGGUUUGGAUGUCAAUAGACUGAAAUCCGGUCGUGCCCGUAUAUUUACCGAGGAUGAUAGUGAAUACAUCGGGCUGAAUUCGGACAAAGGGACGUUAGUUGUCGCCAAGAGAAUAGACAGAGAAGUCCUUUGCGGUCAAUUGUCUCCCUGUUCUUUACAUUUUCAGAUUAUAUUAGAUAACCCAAUGGAGCUGCAUCGUAUAGAUGUGGAAAUUCUUGAUAUAAAUGAUAACGCCCCUGCUUUCGCUAAGAAAGAGAUGAGUUUUCAGAUCAGCGAAAUGGCUGUGAAGGGAUCACGUUUUUCGCUUGAUAGUGCAAUAGAUCCUGAUGUGUCAUUGAACACGCUUCAAACAUACAAAUUAACUCCUACGGAUCAUUUUAAAUUGAACAUACUUUCUCGUCCCGAUGGUUCAAAAUAUGUGGAAAUGGUUCUGGAGACGUCGCUAGACAGGGAAAAAAAAGACGAGCAUAAAUUAAUAUUGACAGCAUUUGAUGGUGGAAAUCCUCAACGAUCGGGAUCGGUUAAAAUUAUCGUUAUUGUUAUGGACGCAAAUGAUAAUGCUCCUGUUUUCAGUCAACCCGUUUUCACGGUGAAUGUGCCAGAAAAUGCGUUGAAAGGGAGUGUGAUUCUAAAAGUCAGCGCCUCAGAUAUAGAUCAAGGGACAAAUGGAGAAAUCGUCUAUUCUUUCUCUCAAAAUACCAACAGUGCAUUGUCUCUAUUUAAUAUAGACAUCAAUACUGGGGAAGUGACUAUGUAUGGGGUAUUGGAUUAUGAAAAAGCUAAACAUUAUGAAAUUGAUGUAGAAGCCAAAGAUAAAGGUGGAUUAACAGAUACAAGCAAGAUAAUGAUUGAUGUAAUUGAUGUCAACGACAAUGCGCCAGUUAUUAAUAUCAUAUCAUUCUCAAAUCCCAUACCGGAAGAUUCUGCGCCAGAGACAGUCAUUGCAAUGUUCAAUAUCAAAGAUUUAGACUCAGGUAAAAAUGGUCAGGUUAAGUGUUUCAUCAGCCCAGAUUUACCUUUCAAAAUGAAGCCGACCUCAUCUAAUUUCUAUAGUUUGGUGACUGACGAUGCUUUGGACCGUGAGCUAGUGCCAGAGUAUAACAUAACAGUGACGGCCACUGAUGACGGAUUCCCCCCUUUCUCUGUCAGCAAGACAAUUACUCUGAAAAUAUCGGACGUCAAUGACAACACCCCAGUAUUCUCACAACAGUCGUUUAUUGCAUACAUCAGUGAAAAUAACUUGCCUGGGAAGUCAGUGCUCUCUGUCAAAGCCAACGACAACGAUUUUGGAAACAAUGCACGCAUUUCGUAUUUUCUUAAUGAUAACCGGGUUAAUGAAAUGUUGACAUCAGCUUACUUUUCAAUGAAUGCAGAGAGUGGGGAGAUAAUGGCCGUGCGAUCCUUUGACUUUGAGCAAAGAAAAGAGUUUACUAUUAGUGUUAAGGCACAAGAUGGAGGCUCUCCUCCCCUCAGUAGUAACGCGAGUGUGAAAAUACUGAUCCAGGACCAGAACGACAACGCCCCUCAGGUUCUGUAUCCAGUCCAGACUGGUGGUUCUCUGGUGGCUGAAAUGGUGCCUCGUUCAGUAGAUGUGGGCUAUCUGGUCACUAAAGUGGUGGCUGUUGAUGUGGACUCUGGACAGAAUGCCUGGCUCUCCUAUAAACUACAGAAAGCCACAGACAGGGCGCUGUUUGAAGUGGGCUUACAGAACGGAGAAAUAAGAACUAUCCGCCAAGUCACUGAUAAAGAUGCUGUGAAACAAAGACUGACUGUUAUAGUGGAGGACAACGGACAGCCCUCUCGUUCAGCUACAGUCAUUGUUAACGUGGCGGUGGCGGACAGCUUCCCUGAAGUGCUCUCGGAGUUCACUGACUUUACACACGACAAGGAGUACAACGACAACCUGACUUUUUACUUGGUCUUGGCUUUGGCUGUGGUUUCCUUUCUCUUCAUCACGUGUUUAGUGGUGAUCAUAUCAGUGAAAAUCUACAGAUGGAGGCUUGAGCGUCACCUUUACAAAUCAGGUGUAAAUCUUCCGGUUAUUCCGUGUUACCCGCCUCUCUAUGCUGACGUAGGGACCGGUACCUUGAAGCACGCGUUCAAUUACGAAGUUUGUGGAACGACUGAGUCUCGCAAGAGUCAGCUGACCGAGUGUGCCCGGCCCUUCAGUCAGAGCACCUUGAACCGGGACCACGAUGUCCCUCAGACUAUGUCCAGGUCUACAACGCACUCCAUGGAUUUGAUAACAGAGGUGAGACCUCACAGAUGUCUCCACAGUUAGUUUGCCAAUGCCGUUGUUUGUAGUGGUCAGAGUGAUGAGGAGUCCUUUAGGCCAUUUAAACAUCUUCAAAGCCAGCAGCAAUACAAGUACUAUGAAUACAGAACUAUGUUUUGUUCAGCUUUUUCUUUGUUGUUCUUGCUCAGUUACUUUAAAAGUAUACAGAGCUGUGGUGGCUACCUGGUUGUAUCCUGACGUUAGUUUAACAAUGUUUGAACAUUUUUGAAAUGCCUUGAAUCUUAAUAGGGUGAAUGCCAGUGUUUGGUUUAGAUACGGAACUGAGUACAUAUUAAAUACACAUGUGUUAUUCGGUUGGUCCUGUAUAUAUCAAAUGCAGAAUGUAUAUAUUCUACAUUGAACAGAUGUAGUCUAUUAUGGGAUAUCAUUGUGUGUAUUCUUCCAAUUCUAAACGAGCACGUUGAUCUGUUAUGAAUGUGGAGGCGAGCUGCUGCAUUGAGGCGUGUAGCCAUGCUGAAGCAUCACUGCAGUGGAACAUUUCCUCCACGUACCCAUGGACAACACACCGUAUCACACACACACACACACACACACACACACACACACACACACACACACACACACACACACACACACACACACACACACACACACACACACACACACACACACACACACACACACACACACACGGUGCACUUUAGAUACAAUGACCUAGUUCCCUGCUUUACAUGCUGCCGCCAUUUUCCCUCUUUCUAUACUUAUUAUUUUAUGAAGCCUGCACUGAGAGAACCAGAGGGUAACGAAAAGAACUAUAGAAAUCCUCCUUCAGUAAUAAUAUAGAUUG